AUGAGCGAAUUGGAUCUCAGAUUGUCUACAGCUACUGCUCAGGACACGGGCUCUUUCAGGCUUCUGGAACUUCCUCCAGAGUUGUGCCAAAUAAUCGAGUCUGCCUCUGAUAAGUUUCCUAGCCUCUUCAUCAAAGGGCACCCUACUGAGGACGCAGUACUAUGCACAUCAGACAAGACAUACGCCGUCCGCUCUGUCGUCCUGUCCAACACCGUGCUGGUCGUGACACCCUCCAGAUCGGAUCCAGAUGGGACCGUGCACAUCCGAGAUCAAUUGCACGAAAUCAUGGAGCUGACGCCUGUGGUACCGAAGCUACACAAGCUUUCGAUCCUGCUGAGGGACAUGGAAUAUGACGAAGGAGAUGAGGAUAGACAGGCAACCAUGCCAACAUAUAGCUAUGAGCAAGCUCGUAGUGAAAUACAGGCCAGCGAAGCUGAGUUUUCCCGGGGUCUGAAGGAGAGACGCAUCCUCAGGCAACUACGGCCCAUAGCCCCGGCGCAUCUUAGCACCAUCCUCGAACUCCUGUUAAACUACUUGAUAUCCCUGUCCCUCUCACACCAAGCUGCAGCAGUCGAGGAGCUGGCAUCUGUACUUGCUGAUGAGCAUGAAGUACCCCGUGCGGUAUCGAACCAAGUCAUCUCCUGGUUUGGGGAUGUAAAGGAAGGCCUAUGGAAAAUGGACGCAGAUGCACACAACCCAAUUUCUGAGCACGAGUUCCUCAAGAAAUGGAAAAACGUAGUAGGGGAUACUUUCGAGUCUUCCGUAAAGCUGUCCCUUCUUUCGGUGCCUGAACUCCAACGACAUGAUACACAGGGAAACUUUCUUCGAACCGUGUCCUUGUCCGGAGAUGGCAUGACAUUGACCUACUUCUCAUCUUCCGCAUUGCCAGUUGAUCCAGCCGCACGAUUCGUUGAGCUAUUCCUCACUCGCCAACGAUGGAAACACGAAGAGAUCGAGCCCUUCUUAUUGGACAUUGCUGUCAAUUCCAAGGAACGAGAUAAACUGCUCCUCAAGCAUGCUAGAGCACUAACAGACACCGAUGGGGUAUGGUACACUGCACGAGUAAGUUACAACAACUGA